AUGACGCCCGCGCUUGCACCACUCGAGCUUCUCCGCAACGACUCCACAGAAGGCGACGCUUCUAUCGCCUCUGCGCCCUAUCGCAAAACCCGGCAGCCAGUCAAGAUGACGUUCGAAGCCCACGCUGACGAUUGGACUUGCAUCAACACCAUCCGAACUCUUUCACUCGAUGUCGUGAACAAGGCCAACAGCGGACAUCCUGGAGCUCCCAUGGGCAUGGCGCCAGUGGCGCACAUCCUUUGGUCCCGCUUCAUGAGAUGCAAUCCAAAAUCGUCUCAUUGGCCUAACCGCGACCGCUUCGUGCUGUCGAACGGCCAUGCUUGCGCUCUGCAGUAUGUACUUCUGCAUCUGCUCGGCUACAAGCUAUCCAUGGACGACCUCAAGAGCUUCCGUCAAGUCGACAGCACCUGCAACGGCCACCCCGAGGUGCAUCACACGGACGGCGUAGAGGUCACGACGGGCCCGCUCGGCCAGGGAUUUGGCAACGCUGUCGGUCUGGCCAUGGCGCAGGCACAAGUCGGCGCGACGUUCAACAAAGACGGAUUCUCGCUCUUCGACAACUACACGUACAUGUUUACAGGCGACGGCUGUCUACAAGAAGGUGUAGCGUCAGAAGCUGCAUCACUUGCGGGCCAUCUUCAGCUCGGAAACCUCAUUGCCAUCUACGACAGCAACAAGAUCACUAUCGACGGCGAUACUGCCGUCUCCUUCACCGAGGACGUCACAAAGCGCAUGGAAGCCUACGGCUGGCAUUGUCAGACUGUCGAGCAGGGUGACGAUGAUCUCGAAGGCAUGUACAGCGCCAUACUUGCUGCUCAACAAGUCAAGGAUAAGCCCUCUUUCAUCACACUCAAGACCACCAUUGGCUUUGGCUCGAAGCUCCAAGGCACUCAUGGCGUACACGGCAACCCACUCAAGCCGGACGACACAGAAGCGAUCAAGAAGAAGUUCGGCUUCGACCCUGCGGCAAAGUUCGCUAUUCCUGACGCCACAAAGACCGCUUAUGCAAAGAUUGGCGAGCGUGGCGCAAAGCUAGAGUCUGACUGGACUGAGCUGCUGUCCAAAUACACCGAAAAGUUCUCGGCGGAAGGCAAAGAUCUUGAGCGGAGACUUGCGGGAAAGCUGCCGGACGGCUGGGAGAAGUGCUUGCCUGUCUAUUCGCAGAAGGACGAUGCGAUCGCGUCUCGCAAGCUCAGUGAGACUGUCAUCACUAAGCUCGCAGACGCUGUACCCGAGUUUGUUUGCGGCUCUGCCGAUCUUACCGGAUCCAACCUAACUCGUUGGAAGACGGCUACGGAUUUCCAACCACCGUCGACUGGGCUUGGCUCUUAUGCCGGCCGCUACAUGCGGUAUGGUAUCCGCGAGCACGGCAUGGGUGCCAUCGCCAACGGUAUGGCCGCUUAUGGCGGCAAUCUUAUCCUCCCUGCGAUUUCAACUUUCGCGAACUUCACGAGCUAUGCAGCUGGCGCGAUUCGCUUGAGCGCACUCAGCGGCUUCCGCGUCAUCUGGGUCGCUACGCAUGAUUCGAUCGGUCUUGGCGAGGACGGUCCAACACAUCAGCCCAUCGAAGUGGCUGCGCAUUUCCGCGCGCUGCCAAAUAUGCAUGUCUGGCGACCUGCCGAUGGCAACGAGACUUCAGCAGCAUAUCUCAUGGCCAUGAUGAAUGCCACGACGCCCUCGAUGCUGCUACUUACCCGACAGAAUCUGCCUCAGCUCGAGAACUCGACCAUUGCGCAUGCUACAAAGGGAGGCUACGUUGUGCACGACACGGAUGGCGAGACAGAUUUGACCUAUGUCUCGACCGGCUCCGAAGUUUCGAUCUGCAUGGAAGCGGCGAAAAUCCUGAUGGACAAAGGCGUCAAAGUCCGUGUGGUCAGCUUGCCUUGCUUCGAAAUCUUUGCAGCCCAACCAAAAGAUUACCGCAUGAGCAUUCUGCCCGAUGGUCACCCUGUAUUAUCGGUCGAAGCCUACUCAACUGUCAGCUGGGGCGCUCUCGCGCACGAGCAUUAUGGCAUGAGUACUUUCGGCGCUUCCGGCCCAUACAAGGACGUAUACAAGAAGUUUGGCUUCACGGGCGAAAACAUCGCUAGCGUGGGCGAAAAAGUGAUCGCAUUCUGGAAGGGCAAGACAAUUCUAUCGCCCCAGAACACUUGUCUAGUCGCUAUCUAG